AUGGAGUAUGACUAUUCAAAGGAAGAAGAUCUUGAUUCUGAGGAAGAAGAUCUAUACAAGAACGCAUAUGAAGACAAUGGGGAUGAGCAAAACCAGAACUGGUGGGAAGGAGAUGAUGAUCAUCGAGAAGACUCAUGGACUGAUGAUGACGAUUCUCAUGAAGAAUAUGAAGAAGAACCGGGGUAUGAAGAUUGGAUCCCAAACCACCAGACCGUAACGUAA